CACCCAUUUCUUCCCCGGCUGCCGGAGACCGAGCUGAGCUGAGGGUUUGCGGGCUGCUGGGCAAGCUGUUGCGCUCGAAUUCCAAAUGAAAAUGUUUGAGAGCAUUGACUCUACAGCCACAAAAUCUGGCCCAGAUCUUUGGGCUGAAAUCUGUUCCUGUCUGCCAAAUCCUGACCAAGAGGAUGGUGCCAAAAAUGCCUUCUCAGACUCCUUUAUGGAUUCUUACCCUGCAGGCACAGGCCGGAGGGAGGUCCCAGACUUUGCUACUCAGCCAGCUGUAAAGCCUUGGGCUCCCUUGCAGGAUUCAGAAGUAUAUUUAGCAUCUCUAGAGAAUAAACUGAGAAGAAUCAAAGGUUUAAAUCAGGAAGUGACUUCUAAGGACAUGCUUCGAACCUUGGCCCAAGCCAAGAAGGAGUGCUGGGAUCGGUUCCUCCAGGAAAAGUUAGCAUCAGAAUUCUUCGUGGAUGGACUUGAUUCUGAUGAAAGCACCUUGGAGCAUUUCAAGAGGUGGCUCCAGCCAGAUAAAGUAGCCAUCAGUACAGAGGAGGUCCAGUAUCUAAUUCCUCCAGAGUCACAGGUGGAAAAGCCAGUGGCUGGGGACGAGCCACCAGCAACGGAACAAUAAAUCUCUCUCUCUCUCUCUCUCUCACACACACAUGCACAAAACUUGCGUGGAACAGCUGUCUUGAGUCCAGAGGGAACAGUGGAGAGCUCAGCAGCCUCAGCAAGGAGAAAACUCAGGAGGGAAAAAGCUCAACCUUUCACUCCAUGAAGCAAACAGCUGUAGGCCCCUGAGGACUUGCUUGGGGCUGGCAUGUGUGACUGUCUUGGAUGAAGUGCAUGGUGGAUCAAAACACCGCUUUCCUGCAUGUCUCACAGCUUGCUUGAGUUCUGGUGCUGCAGCUGAGAUGUAUGCUGAGACUCCAGUGAAGGAUCCAGGUGUAAAUGUAUGUGGAAAAGCUGAUGCCCUUAUAUAUAAUGUAUAAGUUAAGUGAGCCAUAUUUUUCCUUGCCUCUUCUGGAUUUUCCUGCCUGUGUCCCAAGCAUUCCCUUGGUAACUUGUCAUGGGUGAGUGGGGCUAAGCAAAGUGAAGUCUGCCUCCUUAAAUCCAAGCCCCAUUUGGGGGGGCUUCUCUAAGUCCAUAAUAAAUAUGAGGACUUUAAGGAAAAGA